AUGAAAACCUUAAUUUGGAACUGUUAUGGGCUUGGCAACCCAUUAACAGUUAAAGCUCCUCAAGAUUGGUGUUGGAUAGAUAGGUCGAAUAUAGUUUUCGUUAUGGAAACAAAAAUUGAUUCUCGUCGUCUUGAGUUGAUUCGUAAUAAAUGCGGUUUUGCUAACGGAGUUUGCGUAAGUAGUAAUGGAAGAACGGGUGGUUUGGGACUGUGGUGGAGGGAUUUAAACAUGGUGGUUGCUUCUUUUUCUGCACAUCAUAUUGAUACUAAUGUCUGUGAUGAGACUGGCUCCCCAAUAUGGAAAUUCAUUGGAGUUUAUGGGUGGCCCGAAACGGCUAAUAAACACCGUACGUGGGACCUCAUGUGCGGUAUUCAUGCGGGCUGUACUAUUCCGAUGAUUUUUGGUGGGGAUUUCAAUGAAAUUCUGGGGUUACAUGAGAAGAGUGGUGGGCAGCUAAGAGGUAAGAGACAAAUGGAUGCAUUCCGGGAUGCUCUUGAUGAAUGUGGCCUUCGUGACCUUGGUUUUAAAGGCAAUAUUUUCACAUGGGAACGAGGACUUUCGAUGGAUGCUCUGGUCUUGGAUGGGUGGUGCUCCCUAUUCCCUUAUUCUGAGUUAAUUAAUUUCCCCAUAUGUCACUCGGACCAUGCUGCUGUUUUAUUGAAAUUUGGACAGAAAAAUGAGUGCAACCGAAAAGGGAAAUUAUUCCGUUUUGAAGCUCUUUGGCUCUUGAAUGAAGAAUGCAACAAAGUUGUUUCCAAUGCGUGGGUUUGUGGUGUGACCAAGCCUAUACACAAGAGAAUAACAAGGGUGGGUGAGGGUCUUUCUUCUUGGGCAGGACACAAACUUGGUAAUAUAAAGAAAAGGAUAAAGAAAGCCGAAAAGAAGUUACAGGAGGCUCAAGGUGGCUGGUUUGAUGCAAGUAGGUUGGCGCUUUGUAUCAAUAUUAAAAAAGAGAUCGAUGAGUUGCGAAGACUUGAAGAGUCGUAUUGGCAUACGAGAGCAAGAUCAAAUGAGCUGAGAGAUGGGGACAAAAAUACCGAGUAUUUUCACCAUAAGGCGAGUCAGAGGAGGGCUAAGAAUUUCAUUUCAGGUUUGUAUGAUGAUAGUGGGGUAUGGAGGAAGUCGGUGGACGAUAUGGAUGGGGUAAUAUCUGAUUACUUUGGGUCUUUCUUCAAGCACUGA